CUAACCGCAUUAGAGGAUGCAGAAGCGUCCGAAAGCGGAAGUGAAGCGCGUGACGGGGCCGGCCAAGCCACCUCGUCUGAAGGCCGCCAAAAAGCAGUUGCAGUUCGAGAGUCCGCUGCCGCGAAGGACACGCGCCAAGCAUCAGCAGCAGCAGCAGGACCAGCAGCAGGACAACGACCAUUCUCCACAGCAGGAAAAGCAGCAGCAGCAACAGCAACAGAAAUUGCAAAGGCAAGAGGCAGCAGACAAAGUCAUUGCUAUGCCGGCCAGCAGCCAGGAUGCGGACACGGAUGCGGCAGCGGAAGCAGCAGUGGACGUGCCAGAAACAGACCCAGAUCCUGCCCAGCUCACAGUGACACAGUCGCAGUCCUCAUCCUUCGCGGCAAGAAAGCGUCUCGCCGAGGGCUGCACCAGUCUUAUGUACGCCUGUCAGCGGGGCGACAUUGUCCAAGUGCUCGCCCAAAUGCGCGAAAAGCCGGAAUUGCUGCGGCAGCGGGACCGAAGCCACCGCAACGCGCUGCACUACUGUGCCGUCCAGGACUCGGAGAGGAGCAAGGACCUCGUGGCGGCCGCCAGCAUUGCGAUCGCAGCCCCCGAGCUGCUGGAGUCGGCGGACGAGGAUGGCUUCACGCCGCUCCACCUGGCCGUCAUCCAGGGCAACCUGGCCAUGGUCAAUCUGCUGCUGGCCAACAAGGCGGAGGUGAACGCGGUGGACAAUGAGGGCCACUCGGUGGUGCACUGGGCCACAGUUUGUGGCGAGGUGGAGUCCUUGCGAGCGGUCCUGGCAGCAGGAGCCAGUGUGGCGAAGCCCGACGCCAAUGGUGGCACUCCGCUGCACUAUGCCGCCCAGAUGUGUGGCGCCAGUCAUGAUAGCAAGCAGCAGGCCAGUUCCAGCACCAGUUCGAGGCUCUCCCUCGAGAUUCUGGGCAUCCUGCUCUCCCAUCCACAGAGCAGUGUCGAUGUCCAGGACAAGGAUGGUCGCCAGCCACUGUUGUGGGCGGCAUCAGCGGGCUCGGCGAAGGCAGUGAUUGCCCUGGUCAAAGCGGGUGCCCGCGUGGAGUCGUCGGAUAAAGAUGGCCUCACUGCCUUGCAUUGUGCUGGUUCCCGGGGACACACCGAGUGCAUUGACACCUUGAUUGGCCUUUGUGGUGCUCCCACGGAUCUAAUCGAUUCCAAUGGCUGCACAGCUCUGCACUAUGCCGUAACGUUGGGCCACGCAGAUGCCACGGCCAGAUUGCUGGACUUGGAGGCUGAUCCCAAUCGGCAGGAUCGCAAAGGACGAACACCUGCCCACUGCGGCUGCUCCAAAGGUCAGUUCGAGACCUUGAAGUUGUUGAAAGAGCGUGGUGCCAAUCUUUGGCUGCGCAAUGCCAAGGGUGAUCUGCCGCUGCACGAGGCCGCCGCCUCCGGGAGAAGGGAGCUCCUGGAGUGGCUACUUAACCAGCGGCCCAAGCAGGUGAACACCACCAGCAAUGAUGGACGCAGCCUGCUGCACAUUGCGGCGGCCAAUGAUUACACCGACAUGUGCAAGCUGCUGCUGGACUACGGAGCAGAUGUGAAUGCCGUGUACCGGAAUUCACGUGGAUUGGUCCUAACCCCACUGGAUGGAGCUCUGCAGCGUGGUCACCGCUCCACGGCCAAGUUCCUGCAGGCCAACGGCGGUCAGCCGGCCAACAAGGUGAGAUUGUCGAGCAGAAGGACUGGGAAUCCCUUUCACGAAACGAACGCCACUGACAUGGUGAGACCCCUGAGGUAUGUGGAGAAGGAGGAGCUGCACGAUCUGCGCAGCUCCAAGAAGUACGUGGUGUACCUAAAACGCUCCGAUUCGGAUAAUGGAAACGGGAAUGGUAAGGAGGACGAACGAGAUGGGGAUUGCAGUUGCUCGGAGCAAACUUAUCGCAAGGAGCAGCGAUUGAGGCACGUCUGUCGACGGCACAAGAGAAGGCAACUGAGGAGGCGCACCAGCAGUUGUGGCGAGUCCAAGCACGAGCGGUGCAGCGAGAUCUGCCGCUCCAAGAGCAACAUCGAGAUUCGGAGGCGAAAGUCCAGGGAGCGGUAUGCCAGCUCCAGUGAGUGGGAGGAGGAGAGUGCGGAGGACUCCUGCGAGAACUGUUGCUACCACAAGCGGCAAAAGGAUCGAGUGGUUAGCCGCAAGCGUUCCACGUCCUCCAGGAAGUCAAAAAACCGAGACAACAGCGACCGGGACGAGGAGAAUCACGCGGCACACUCAUCGCCGGAGAAGGGUUCGCGGAAACCACUCACUGUCAAUGGGGACAACCAGACUGGAAACGGCAAGGAUCAAACCAGUUCCAAGGAACGACCACCAUCUGCCAGCAGACAUCAAACGCCACCCACUAAGGAGGGAACCUUCAUCAAGUCCCCAACACAGAGCGCUCAGAGUGAAAAGUCCGGACAAAUGGAUAACCUCUUGGUGGAGGAAUCUCAUGCUGUUGAGCUGACAGAUGAGGAACAGGAGGCAGCCAAGUCGGUGGUCACACAGGUAGACGUGCAUCACGAUGCAGAGGAGAUUCAAACUUCCAAAUCUUCCGAGGAAGCACCAACUGCAGAGGAAAAUGGUAAGGAGGAGCAUUCGGAGCAGGAAGUCAAGCUCCAGCUGAGUGAGGAGGAGACGCAGUUGGUCUCGAAGGAAGUGGAGCAGGUGAUCAAGAUAGCAGCCACUGCGCUGAGCAGCGAGUCCAAAAGCUCCAGUGAGGAGAAGUAUGUCGAAAAGGACCUACCCAAAGAGCAGCCGGAAGAGGAGGUUAAGGAACACCAAAAACCUGCAACCCCAUCUGCACCAGCCCCUCCGCCAGCCACAUCUCCACCAGAACCCAAGGAGGAAGCCGCAAAGCCACCACCAAGUGCCGCAGAACAACCACAGCCUAAUGCCAACACGGCCGACGGGAUGGAAUCUGCGGCUGUGGAGCCAGUGUCUGUUGGCAAAAAACCCGAUCAGAUGGAGCAGGCAGCAGCCAAGCCGAAACCAAAUACCAAUCCUAGUCCCACACCUCCGCCCACCGCUGCUCCACCCGCUCCACCCACUGCAGAGCCCAAAAAGCCACCGGCAGCACCACAGCCACGCCCAUCCACAGCCCAAACGCCCACGCCGCCCCAGCCGGAGCCACCGCAAAGGGAACAGGAGACGAGGCGCUCUUUUACACUUCUGCCUUCCGAUUCGGCGGACGAUGACCCAGUUCUGAAUCCAAAUUCAAAUCCAGCUGCCUCGGCCUCCGAUGAGCCGGCCGGUGAACGGAAAUCGAGCUUCCAAGUUCUGAAAAGCGAUGACUCCCUGGAUGAAAGCACCAAAAGAACUGGACGCAAGGUUGACUACGAAGCCGGCAAUCAGGUCUUUAAGGUGGUUGGCGAUGGGGCGUCUGCCGUCCAGCUGCCCAGUGCCGCGGAGCUGGAGAAGAUGGACUACGAGUAUGAGGAGUACGAGGACGAAUACGAUGAUGAUGAGAGGGAUGGCAUUGAUCCGGAGCACGAUAGUGCCUUGCGUCGCUUUCUCAGCAGUGGCAAUCGACAUGGAGUGGGAGCUGGAGCAGGAGCAGGAGGAGCAAACAUGGCGGAUGACGCAUGUGAGGGCAAUGGAAGGAAGCGACGCCUCAAGAAGCGCGUGCGGAGCGGCAACAAAACGCGCAGCAAUUGGAAGAACUCUCAGGAUUCGCGCGAUGGCAGCAACAUGGCUUUGGCCACCACCAAAGACCAGGACUCGGGUUUCGAGCCCAGUCCGCGGGCAGAGCGCAGCAAGAUACCCACACUGCGGUCCGCCCACACCGCCCACAUGCCGCGUCGUCCCAUCUACGCCACUUUGGACGGACGCUCCUGCAGCAGCCGCAUGGAGAACCGCAAGCCGGGCGACAAGGGAGCCUGUGACAUGGGAGCCGUCACCCGCUCCAUACAGCGCAAUAUUAGGAGAUAUUACAUGGAGCGCAAGAUCUUCCAGCAUCUGCUGGAGCUCAAGUCGCUGCAGAUUCGCUCCAGUAAGCUGAACGAGGCGGUGCUGGUGAAGCGGGCGGUGGAUGACUACCACAAGUCCUGUGUCCUUUUGGGCGGCGAAACGGGCACGCGACUCAGGCGCUACAACUUCAGCGAGUACACGUUCAAGAACUUCGAGCUCUUCCUCUAUGAGACGCUUAAAGGACUCCAGCGUCCCGGCACCAACAACUUCCAGAACAUCAACGAGGUGUACGAGGAGGCGGAACGCCGACUGAGUCCGGAUUACAAUGCCUACGAGAAGGCGCUGCAGUGCACCACCAAGACGCACCGAUGUCUCCAUGCGGCCCAUGCCUACACGGGAAUACCUUGUGCCGCUUACAUACCCAUGAUGAAUCACCACACGAUGCCAAAGUUCGGCUUUGGACCAUACAAGAAGACCGGCAGCGUGAGCAGCUUCUUCCUGCCCAAGAUCCUGACCAGCGGCCGCGCCUCCAGCGGCCGAAUGGGCGGCAUGGGCAGCGCCAGCGGUGGACGCUGUAACCACAAGGUGGCGCUGGAGUUGUCGCACGGCAAGAACAAACAGCUAAUUUCACUGCCCGCGGAAAAGCUGGACAGCAACAAACGAUAUUACGUCACGUUCACAGUGAAGGACUCCUCGGGGCCAUCGGCGUACCAGCAGCAGCAGCAGCAUCAGCAGCAUCAACAGCAGUGCGGCAAUUCCGCGGGCGGCAAGUAGCGCCCACCGGCGGCGUACUUGCCACAUGCGAGUGCGUAUACGUAAUGUGGCGCACGGUGCGUAUACGCCAUCGGCCAUCAUCCGCGGGUUCCAGCGCCCGCAUCUACAGGCUGCAUGUGCCACUGCUACGGCUGCUGCUGCUCCAAAUGCAUUAAAACAAUGCCAUCGCGCAACAUUUUGUGUCGCUGCUCCCGCCGUUGUUGUUGCCAUUGUUGUGGCCACCCGUUGUCCGCGUUGCCUUUUUUUUCCAUCCGCUUCCUGUCCUGAUGCUGUAGUAAUGCCACGGAAAAUGGGGACUUAUGCAGGGUGGACUAUAUACCCUUAACUACCUAUUAGGUUGUUUUCAUCUCUUAAACACCAAAAAUUCUUUGGCGUCUUAAAAAAGAGAAUCAAAAAUAACUUAUUUAAAUUGUAACUUUCAUAGCUUGCUGCUUAUUUAUAUUUAUUGCUGAUAACAGGUAACUUUCAUAGCUUGCUGCUUAAUAUUAUUUAUUGCUGAUAACAGGGUAUUUGCAUGUCCAGUCGAUAGCCUUACAGCACCGCUGUUGUUUCUGCUGCACUUUAAGAUGGCCAACUGCUGAUAAUGGAUGAUGGCUCUGCUCUGCGGCUGUCGGUUGAAGUUGUCACGCCAGCAGCGAUGCAGGCAGCAAUGGCAACGGCAGCGGGAAAAGCAAAAGCAAAAGCAGAAGCACCAGCAAUUGCUAAGGCAACGGCAGCUUAAAUUAUGUGGUCCUCCAACCCCGGACAGUUCAGAUGUUCAGUUGUUCAGUUGUUCAGUUGCUCAGAUGUUCAGUUGCUCAGUUGUUCAGUUGCUCAGUUGUUCAGUUGCUCAGUUGUUGGGCUCUCCAGCUUCGCGCUGCGUUGUUUGCCUGUAUUUCGUAUUCUUUUUCGCCGUCCGUUUGUUUGUUUGUCCGUUUGUUUGUCCGUUGGCACUGCCGCUGCGCUUUUAUUUCAGUUUUUCAUUAUCAUUUUUUUGUCGCAGUCGCUGGCUCCUGUUGUUCGGGGGGAGGAAUGGUGGCUGGCAUGCUCCUAAUGCCGCAGAUAAGCGUUGUUAUUAACGCUCGGCUUACCAGGACUAGGAGACAGGCGUGAGGACAUGCCGCCCAUCGUCGCUUUUGUCCACAGAAAGGACAUGCAGGAGGAGCAGGGGGAGCAAGAGGAGCAGGGGGAGCAGGAGGAGCAGGGGGAGCAAGAGGAGCAACAGCAGGAGAGCAACAGCAGCAGAAGCUAAAGCAGAUUCAGAAUCAGCGAAUGAAUAAAUGUAAAAUAUGUACCGUGCAUUUCUUUGGCAUUUCAACAUUUUUACUUUAUUUGCAAUUUUAUUUACUUGUCUGCUUGUGCGCUGAGUGCGCCCCUUGCAUCCCAUUUUCCCCUACCAUACCAUACCAUACCGUACCAUCGCAGCCAGCCAAGCCAUUCAAGCCGUUGUUUGUUUGUUUGCUUACUUGGCGCUGAGUGCAUUGUAAAUGGAGAAUAAUUGCAUUGCAUACAAAAAGCGUCGCGAUUUUUAAAUUGUAUAAGCGAACAGGAGCAGUAGCAUCACCAGCAUCAUCAUCAUCAGCAGCAGCAGCAGCAGCAGUAGCAGCACAGGAGCAACAGCAACGUGCGCCGUAAAAUGAUUUCUUUAAAUAUCAAAUUAUAAGAGCGGAAUGCAUAAUAAAUUCCGCACUUUGAAGCGUUCUCGUUCCGCAUAGACCUAAGGCAGCUGUUGCAAAAUAAACGUUGAAAAUGUCUAAAUUGAGACGGCAGUUUCGUGCAUUUCGCACACUCUCAAACCAUCACCACACG